AUGGAAACAAAUAUCAUACAUAAUGUAGCAUAAUCAAAUUAAAUGCAGGAUUCUAAAGAGCCUUUACUUCAAAGACACCUUGAUUGUGAAUAAGAAGCUAUAGAUUAAUACGCAUUAACUAAGUUUUGUGAGAUUUGCUAUGAGGAUCACAAUGUUGAUUAGUUUAUAACAAAUGGCUUGUGUUAACAUUUAUUUUGUCGACAGGGAUUAAUUGAUAACUACACCUACUAAAUAAAUCUCUCAGGGAAAAUUCUCAAACUCAGUUGUCCUCAGAAAGAUUGUUAAGUCGUGGUCACAGAGGAGUUCCUGUAAGGUCUAUUGAACUAAGAUUUAGUUGAGAAGUACAAGAAGUUUAAGCUAAAUGCAUUGGUUCAAUCUGAUAAGAAUUCUAAAUUUUGUCCGACACCUAAUUGCGAAAAUAUUAUUAAUGUGUCAGACACAAACACAAAGAAAAUAAAAUGUGAUAAAUGCAAAAAGGAUAUGUGUUUCUCGUGCUCUAUUCCUUGGCACAGCGGGCUUAGUUGCUAGAAAGUGACAGAUAAACUUUUCAAAGGCUGGAUUUACAAAAUGAAUGCUCACAAAUGUCCUAAUUGCAGAUCUCCUAUUGAAAAAAAUGAGGGUUGUAAUCAUAUGCAUUGUACCCUUUGUGAUUAUCACUGGUGUUGGGUCUGUGGAAGACAGUUAAUUAGUUACAUUCAUCCUCGAAAUCCAAUGAUUUUUGUAUACUGUGGAAUUGCUCCAUCUACUAAGAAAGCCAAAUGCCAGUUCUACUUAAUAUUUUCAUGCAUUAUGAUGUGCAUGCCAUUUUUAUUACUCAUCAGUAUGGCUUUAUAUUGUUUCCAAUUUUCACCUUUGAAAGGAAGCCUAGAUAAAUUUCCAAAGAUAUAACCUAGAUCUAUAUUCUGGCAAAUAAUGUGUUGCUUACCUGCUUUUGUUUAUAUGUUUAUUCUGGUUUUCAUUAUUGUAGCUAUAGCUUAUGGUUUCAGUUUAGCAGUCUUUCCAUUUGUUAUUUGUCCAUCUUACUUCUUGAAUUGUAGAGAUUUCAUAAGGAUAUUGAAAAAUUGGUCAAGCAAAAAGAGAACUAAUUCUCCUGAGGGUCAUCCACAUUAAGUACAAAUAGAUUUAGAAUAAUAAUAACCAUUAAAUCAGGGUAAUUUAAUUGAGCUUUUAUAAAUGAGUACCUUAAAAUUAAAGAGAAAAACAUUAAUCUCAACAUACAAUUGA